UCUCCUCAUUCUCUGUCUGUCCUCCAUUUAGUUUGCUGUCCCCUGUCUUUACCUCCUGUCUUCAUUUAUGUCUUUGUGUUAAUUGUUUCUAAACAGACUUGUGAAGCCACAUAUUUUAUAUACAGUCAUUAUUUCAUCAUGGCUGACAAUGGUAAUUCACUAAUGAGAAGAAAAGAGAGAAAAGAAAAGGAGUCCACUGAAAUGACCGAGGAUGUAAAGGAAGUGAAGAAAGAAGGACAGAGGACAGUGGAUAAUGGAGAGGUGUCAUCAGCUGAGGCUGUCAACAAUGGUGCAGUAGCCAUCAGUCAGAAUGGAGAUUUUCAAGUUGAGCCGAUGGAACUACCUCCAUUUGAAAUCAUCACAGGGGACCGAAUUGAUCCUUUGGUCUUUAAAUUCCAGUUUAAGAAUGUGGAAUACUCCUCAGGCCGCAACAAGACCUUCCUGUGUUAUCUGGUCGAUAAAGGGAACACAGCCGAUGGGCUGCUGAGGGGCUAUCUGGAGGAUGAACAUACUGGAUCACAUGCUGAGGAGGUCUUCUUCAUACAGUGCCUGCCACACUAUGAUCCUACACUCAAAUACACAGUCACCUGGUAUGUAUCUUCCAGUCCCUGCUCUGCUUGUGCAGCAAAGAUAGCAGAAGUUUUGAAGGCCAGGAAAAAUGUCAAGCUGAGCAUCUUUGCUGCUCGGCUGUUUGAGUGUGAGGAAGUAGAGAUCCAGGCCGGGCUGAAGGCCCUGCAUGCUGCUGGCUGUAAGCUGAGGGUGAUGAAGCCUCUGGACUUCUCUUACACUUGGGACACGUUUGUGGAGAAUGAGGAACAACCUCUAAACUUGUGGGAAGACUGCAAAGAAAACUAUGAAUAUUACCACGAGAAGUUGGCUGACAUUCUACAGUGAAUCACCCUGCCACGCUCAAGACCUGUUUUUGUCUGUUCUCCUCUCUUCACCCUUUUGCCCUGAAAAUCCUCCCUGGACCUCACCACUUGUGUUUUUCUUGUCGCAUUUUGUAAAUAAACCUUCCAGGCUUUCCAUGCCUGUGGUCUGCUUUGUGGGUUCAGGGUUCCGCCUUAAACGCACGCUUAAUAAUUAAACUCUAUCUUAUCUAGAUAAGAGAUGAGAAGAGUCUGGAUUGCCUUGAGCAAAGGAGUGGCAGAGCCAGGUAUCAUUUACUGGAGGAGUGCAAUAUGCCUUUACUUUUUGCGUUUUUUUGUAUUUGUUGUGUUUUUUGCUCUCCCUUUCUAGUCAUACACCAGAGAGGAACUCAUAAACAUCGGAUUGACUGAGUUUUUUCACUGGUUUUCAUUGAACCUGGAAGUUUUUCGGAGCUACUUGUUGGAGGAGCAGCAGCUCUCUAUGGAUUUCGCCAAGGACGCCGGAGACGCUUGUCAGACUGAGGCAGCGGGAGUUUCGUACUGCGCUCCUGUCUAUUUACCUGGCUAACGUCCACUCUCUGGUCAACAAGAUGGACGAACUGCUGCUCCUCAACACAACCAACAAGGACUUUAACAGAUCUGCUGCUUUGUGCUUCACUGAAACCUGGCUCGGUGAGCACAUCCCGGACUCCUCUCUUCACCUGCCUGGAUUUCACCUGCACCGAGCAGACCGCGUAACCGAGCUCACGUGGAAAACGAGGGAGGCAGAAUCUGCUUUUACAUUAACAAAGGUUGGUGUACUGAUGACACGGUUUUAAACAAAUCAUGCAGUCCUCACCUGGAGACACUCUUUAUAAACUGUAAAUUAUUCACCGUGAGAGUUUUCCUCAUAUAAACUGCUUAACAGAAGCACAAUGUACUGUGUUGUACAAAUGCUGUUUGGGGGGUGCAUGUAGGUAGCAGCUCAGGUUCAGAGAACAAAUGUAUGAUUUCACCUGCUUGCUAAUAAAGUAUCCAUUGUGUUCG